AUGUCCGUUACAGCCACCACCUUCUUGGAUAAUCCCUUGCUCAAGGUGAGUCGUCCAGUGGCUGCCUGUUCAAGAUGCAGAACUGCGAAGAUCAAGUGUGACGGCAAGCUCCCCGCAUGUUCGGCUUGUGAGCGGGUGGGCAAGGCUAGCACUUGUUCCGGGGCGAGCGAUGAGUUCGCCAAGGGCAAGGAACGAAGCUAUGUCGCCUCAUUGGAGGGCUAUUGUGAAAAACUCGAGAAGAAGAUCAGUCAGAUGCGUGCUCGUUCCACCUCGCUGUCCGCCGAGGGGAACGGAGUCGCUCGGGAGAUGUCGAUCACCUCCGUCGCAUCUGAAGGUCAAUUGGGGAGUGCACACCACACAGAGGUCUCCGAUAUCGAUGAUCUAGUCGGUGAUUUUGGAUUUCUGUCGGUGAAUGCGACUUCACGAGACUUCCAUGGCAUCACCUCAAACACCUCCUUCGCCAGACUCCUCCUCUCGGUCGCCCUUAUCGAUACCCCCCAACCACCUUCACAUACUUCACUCCCUGCACGGCAUGAAGCGGCCCCGUUACUACAACACUACUUCGACAACGUCUUCGUUCAACUGCCAUUCUUUGUUGAAACAAGCUUUUGGACAUCGGUCGAUGCUGUCUAUCAGUCCGGCGGUCGGUUCGCCAAACCGUUCGAUCACUGGAUGCUGCGCAUGGUCCUCGCCAUUGCCUCGGCGUCAGUCUCAUAUCAGAAUAAUGAUAAGAAUCACCAAAAGGCACGAGCUCUUGUGGCAGAGGCAUUGACAUAUGCCGAGGAAGUUCUCCGCCCCGGAUCAAUAUCCGGGAUUCAGGCUAUCCUUUUCCUCGCUGUAUAUUCUCUGGUUGACCCAGCGCGCUUUCGCAGUUGGUACUUGGUCGGAAUGGCUGUCAAAGUCGCAGUCGACCUAGGUUUACACCAAGACCCUCCCACCGAGGUUCCAACCAAUGCCGAUCGACUUGAUAUCCGCCGGCGUGUGUUCCAUUGUAUCUAUUGUCUAGACAGGGGGUUGAGUACCACCAUGCAAAGGACCUUUUCGUUCUCAGACGCUUCCGUCAACGUUGCGUUGCCAUUUACAUCUGCAUCUCCGGGCGCUUCCACGGAGCAAAGUCAUAUCUUUCUACGCAGUACAGAGCCUGCUUUGCACCUUGUAAAGGUUCGGCAGAUUCUGUCUGUGGGAUACCAGGAAAUGCAUUACAGCGGGCGCGAUCCAUCCCCGCAGGCUUUGGUCCUCACAUGGACCUUAUGCUGGCGAGCACGUGAAUGGUAUCGUCAGUGUCCGAAGAAUGCCCCUAAUCAUUUCUCUCUUUUAUAUCGACUUGAACUUCUUUACACCAUCAUCAUCCUUCUUUCUCCGUCGCAUCGAUACCCCACGCUUCAUGAUUACAACAAAGCUCUCCUUUUCGACCGAUGUAUGGACUACAUCAGCCAGAUUCAUCAGGUAUUGGAGAACCCCAGCGCCCUGCCUUUCCUCACAUAUCUCGACAUCCAACGUGUCCAUCAAGUAGGCCGCCUGUUUGUGGGUGUUCUUUCCGAGAAUCAUGACCAGCUCAUCAGUGCUACUGUUCCCCCGCCCCCACACGUCCCCGUUGGAACUCCGGACCCACCGGCCUUGGGUGACGAGGACCUCUUCAACUGUCACGCACGUGCCAUUCGCUGUCUCUCUUACAUUCGCGACUUGCUCAAAUUCUGCGCUCGCAAAUGGGACGUUCGCGGGCUCUUGGAACAGUUCGAGGAUGAGUCUGCUUCUCUAAGGGACACUCUUAUGGACAGCUCCGUGGGGUAUAUGUCGGAACAAGGGAUCUAUCCUCAAGAUCCAUCGGGGAUGCUGCUGGUCGGCGAUUCAUACCCGGGUUAUCAUUUUGCUGUGUAA